AUGGGCAAUGUGACUUUGGCGGUUGACAGUACGCGUGAAAUUCCACUGACUAUCAACCAGGAAAUUUUCACGUGGAUGGAGUAUGCAUCUGUCGUAGGGAUGUGCAUCAAUCUAUUUGGAUUGUGGCUUAUCGGGUUCCAUACGCCAAAAUCCAUGCGGGAUUUUGGGAUUGCGCUAACAGCGUAUCAGAUAGUAGUGCUGCUCACUGAUAUAUUACUGAGCUGGAUCUUAUCCCCUUAUUUUAUUUUUCCGGUUCCUGGUGGCUAUCCGACUGGCUGGCUAUGGGAAUUGGGUGUUUCGACACAAUUGCAAACUAGCAUGGGUCUUGCCUUGGCUCUCCACACCGAAGCUCUUCUGAUGAUAAUGUUCAUGCUCCGGCAUCAAGCAAUUAUGCCAGCUACGCACUUGCUAAAGUUUCGACCGAGACCUAUGUUGUGCUUCUACGUCGCUCUUCAAUUAUUUGUUUACGUCUUGGUAUUAGUAAUGUCGUGUAUUAUUUUCCACGACGAUGAUCAAGUGGCAACGAAGGCUAUAAUAUCCAAUGCUUCGUCAAUAUCUGGAAAUCCCGCGUUGCAUGGCGUUGUCGAAAGCUGGCGGGCUUAUCUUGGCACAGCAUACCAUGAGCGUGCAAACACAUCGACUGCAGAAGCAGUCGAUGCUUCUACUGCUUGCUACAGGUAUCAAUCCCGUUUAUUUUUGUGGUCGUGCCGGAUUUUACCGUCGUACUCGAGAUCGUCUUCGAACUAUCGGGGCUUUUUUGUCGUUGCAAUGUUUUUCAACGCUUUUGGAGUUUGGGUGAUUGGGUUUCAUACUCCAAAUACGAUGCGUGCUUAUGGGAUUGCAUUAACAGCGUAUCAGAUUUUAUCGUUUCUAACCGACGCGUUCCUCAGCUGGAUCCUUAGCCCCUACUUUAUUUUUCCGAUCCCGGGCGGUUACCCAAACGGCUGGUUAUGGACGUUUGGUGUCUCGACUCAAGUGCAGAUCGUGAUCGGUCUCUCUGUAGCUGCUCAUAUGGUUUCUUUGCUAAUGAUCAUGUUCAUGCUCAGACACCAGGCGAUUAUGCCGCCGACACAUCUCCUCAAGUUUGACCCCAGUUACAUGAUUGGGUUCUAUAUUGGUCUACAAUUUUUGGCAUAUACGCAUGUAAUAAGUGUUAGCUGCUAUGUUUUCUAUGACGACGACGUUGCCGCGACUAAGGCCUACUAUCUGGAGCGCUACUUUAUGUUCCGAGAAUUCCUGGAGGUGCCACGAACUUACGUCUUCACACCGGCGAACGGGUUUCUCGUCGUCAGCAACGUUUUCGCCUGGGCGAUCGCGCUACUUGUCUUGGUCUUAGGCGCCAGCUUUUCCAGCUUUCACGUCUUGCACGUACGGCGACAUAUGAUGAGCGAGAAGACGUACAACCUGCAGAAAAAGUGGAUGAAGAACUGUCUGUUGCAGGUCUCAAUUCCGCUGAUCACCAUUGUCCUACCCGUCGUAAUCGCCGUCAUCGAUAUAGCCCUUGAUCUCGUCGUGAUUUUUGGAUUUCUUCCCGCUAUCACUUUCAUGCUGGCCUGGCAUGGCUUUUGCUCGACCGUCGUGACCUUUACACUGUAUCGGCCUUACAAAACUUACGUUAAACAGAUAUUUUGGCGCUUCGGAUCCAGAUUGUUUCCUUUCUGGAUCCAACCUCGCACGUUCGUCCUCUCCGAGACCUCUACGGUUGCCGUCACAAAGCAGACCAGAAUGGCUACCAAAAUGAGGGUGGCGGCGGCGAAUGCUAGCUUCAUUGGUUGCCAUGUUUUUCAAUGCGUUUGGAGUGUGGGUGAUCGGGUUUCAUACACCCAAUACGAUGCGAUCCUAUGGGAUUGCGUUGACAGCAUACCAGACGAGACCUGGACUCUACUACUACUACUUCGGCUACCCAUCACCGCACCAUCCCCCUUGGCCGAAACGCGCGCGACCUGGCCCACUAUGCCCCAAAUUAGAGGAUAUCCGAACGGUUGGCUCUGGAAAUUUGGGGUUUCGACUCAAGUUCAAAUCGGAAUUGGUUUCGGCAUCGCAGUCCACAUGGCUUCCCUUCUGAUGAUUAUGUUUAUGCUGCGACAUCAAGCGAUUAUGCCACCAAAUCAUCUGUUAAAAUUUGAUCAUAAGCUAAUGCUCGGCGUCUACAUCGGCCUCCAAAUCUUUGCUUAUGUUCAUUUAAUCACAUUGGCAAGCUACGUUUUUUAUAAUGAUGAUGUAGAAGCUACUAAGAAGCUUUACUUGAAGCGCUACUUCAUGUUUCGCCAAUUCCUGGAGGUGCCACGCUGUUAUGUUUUCACCCCUGAAGACGGGGUCCUGAUGAUGAUAAAUAUUUCGGCUUGGGUGGUCGUCUUGUUUUUUAUAGUGAUGGGAGCUAGUUUCUCCAGCUUUCACGUUUUGCAUGUGAGGCGACAUCUGAUGAGCGAAAAAACUUAUAACUUGCAGAAGAAGUGGAUGAAAAAUUGUCUGCUACAAGUGACGAUCCCGCUAAUAACGAUUAUCCUGCCAGUUGCACUCGCCGUCACUGAUAUCAUCUUAGAAUGGGUGGCUCUUUUUGGUCUAAUUCCCCUAGCUACCUUCAUCCUUGGCUGGCACGGCUUUUUCUCUACGGUGACUACGUUUUCACUCUACCGACCGUAUAAAAUGUACAUUAAACACAUUCUUUGGCGAAUGGGCGUGAAAAUAUUUCCAUGCUGUGUCAAGCCUCGCACUUUUGUCAUCUCCGAAACUUCAACUAUCGCCGUGACCAAGGAAAACCGUAGGGCCAACAAAUUGAGGCUGGCUGCGGCGAAUGCUAGAUUUCUGUCGAGCACGCCGGUGUCGACGACAAUGAACGAUUUGGGA